GUUAAUCUACGCUGAUAGAAAUAGAUGUGAGAAUUAAAAAUUAGAAUUUAAUUAAGCAGAGGCGAAUUAAAAGACUAAAAUCGUGUCGAGUACCGAUCUUCGGUUUACGAUUCAAAUCACCCGCUACAGCAUUCGAGCGACACGGCCGGGCGAGGGCGCCGCGAUCGACGCUGAGUUGCCGAUUAUCGCGCGCUUAUUUAUCGCAUGGCAUUUCGUUCCGGGCGACUUUUAUUCGCGAUAAGCGACGUAUUUCGCGCCCGCGGAACAUCACGCACGACGGCGUGCGCGUCCGCGCGCGAUUGGCCGCGCGGAAGCACCGCGUACCGCCCCCUCAGUACGUUAUGGAAUGCGCGACGGACAGCUACCGUGUUACGCGGCUCCGCACGAUGCCCGGCCGUAGAGGCACGCCAACGGACCGGAAUACGUGCGUGCGACGAGGCCGCGGGCACGACGUCUCGCCGCCUGACACAGGGCACGAUACGCGCCACUGCCGACGCUCGUCCAGGAUCGCCCGAGCAUCGCCGUUCGCCGAACGCACGUGUCUUCGCGUGAUUUUUCGUCGCCGCCGUCGCCGUCGGUAGCACCUCGUAUACGUGGCAACAGAGCGAGUGUGGCCGCUGCCGUGCGAGCGCUGUGCGCUCUAUGUGUGUGUGUGUGUGUCACUUCCUAGUCGGGAGAGAAGUCCCGUCGGGGCGGUACCGAGUCGGUUACGACGGUAACCGCGUGCCCCGCGUGCAACGUUCGCCGCACGAGAACGUCACCGUGCCCGUCGACGUGACGGUACGGAGACUGAGACGGGAACGAGGACGGAACGCCAAGGGACGCGCGACGCCGCGGUUCCCUCGCACGUAUCGGAUUCUCUCGUCGGAAUCCUGAGCACGACGACGACGAUUACGAGAUCGGCAUUGCCGAUCUGCGCCAGUGAGAUUCUCGUAUUCGCUGCAGGUGCGAGUUGAGAAUCAGCCCCCCUCCGUCCUCAACGAGCGUCAACGCCGAUCUCGAGCUCGCGUGAUUCGCAGCAUCGUCGAUCGCAUCGCGGUCCAGGGGAUGCGUGCAUGAGCGCGGAUACCCCGGCUGCGCUUGCGACACCAUCCUGGAACCAGGAAGCAGUCCUCUUCGUCCCUCGACGAAGAUAACGCGGUGGAAAUUUAAUGCUGUAUUCUCAAUGGGCUUGCUUGUCUGCUGACUGCGUUGAACUGAUACAGGCAUCCACAUGAGAGAAUUAACUUGAUGAGAAUUCAUGGUGCUCCUGCGCCCAGUUGCUGUUGUCCUCCUGUUGACGUAAUGGAGGAGCCAGUUAAGAAGAAGCAGCGCAUUGAGAUUAGCGCGAGUGCCAAGAACGGGCUUGCCGAUAUUGAGGAGUUGCAGAAGAAUUUGCUCGCGCGGUGUUUAUGCCAUAUGCCAGAGAGCAGCCUGCGCAAACCCUUUACUAACUUCACAGUGGAAGAGGCUAAUGGAAGCGUCCGUUACGCUGUUCUCUCUGACUGGGAUACAGAUCAGAUCUUAGAAUAUUUGACCGCGCUGCAAUUGUUAUUCGAUCUAGCCAUCCGGCAGAACGCGAAAAACGUCAUGUGCAAACGAGUGGUGGAUGUGUGCGACGCGAUAGCGCGAAAUGAACAUGGCAUCGUUGAUCAGAUCAUCGACCUGUCUUGUACAACCAAUAAAUUUAUAUCGUAUACAGCAAGCCGCGUGCUUGCGUCGUUUUUCAUCGUCACUAGGGAUAAUGUCGAGGUCGCAUGGCUGGAAAGGCUCACGCAAUCCCUAGUGAAUACGCACUCGCCCAGUCAGAUGCUGUUCACCCUGGACGUAGUGAAACGAGUGGUCGAACACAAGGACUGUAGUAUACACCCAUUGGAGGAGGUGGACGCGUCCACGCCACCACCUGGCUGCAACACAUUUGUUAUUACCGAUUUUGACAGCACAGCGAUCAAAGCGAUGUGCGUGAAAGCGCUCGAAUCCAAGUGGACGAUUCUCGUCUCCAAGUUCAACGACAUCCUCGCGGCGUACACGCCGCAACACGCGUCCGUCGUCAUCACAUUCCUGCAUCUAUGGGAAACCGUUAUCUCGGUCAAAGCCAAUCUUUCCGUCAUCGAUACCAAGCCCUUCUAUUCGCAACUGAACAAUCUCGUACUAUUACUGAAUGCUAACGUUCCGGGCGUGAUCUGGCGACAUCUCCUUGGACUUUUUAAUGAGGUUCUAUGUUAUGGUAGUACAUUGGCGUUACAGGACGUAUUACCGGACGAGCCGUGUUCCCUAGCGCACUUGAUCGUGCGUGCCGUCAAGGACUGGCGUCUGCUCGACGCGUUACCAUACCGUCACGGUUCCGGCAGGUUCGGCGGUGGCACCGGCGAGGGUGAUCGUCCUUUGCUACAGAAAAUGGUACUGCUGGUACUAAAGAGUGUCGCCGUAACGGUGCGGGAGACGCGCAGCGACUCCAGCGAUUCCUCUCUCGGCUCUGAGGCCGAGGAUCUCGAUGAGGACAUGGCGGUGAUCGAAAGAAGUAUCCGGGAGGUUUUGCGCCAGCUGGAUCAAUGUGUAAAAGCGCUAAUGCCGUUUCAUCCGGAGAUGCCGCUGUCGCAAUGGGUCGUACAGAUGUUUCAUGACCAGGAUGACUUCCUGAUCGAGGGUAUGGUCUGUUGUCUAGACGUCGCCGUAGGUCUAUUCUAUCGCGGACCGCCUCAAAAUGAUCUGGGUCAGAUGCUCAGCCCUACAUUGACCUUCGUGCAAUUCAUCCACGCCGUGUCACAUGAUCCGGACGUUCUACUAGAUCUAUUGGUCAGCAAUGAGACCUGUUUCCUAUUGUAUCUCCUGCGAUUCCUCAAAUACAUCAGGCGCAAUUGGAUCGAGUUUGUCAGGUGUUGCGGCCGUGAAUUGGACGAUACUAUGACGGUACUGAUAAGACUACGACUGGCCAUCGAUCGAUUAGUGUCUAAGAAUCUAUUUCCGUAUAAUAUUAACCCGGUUCAUCGUCUGCUCGAGAAAUGCGAGUCUUUCUACGAGGGUAACGUGGAGAACGCUAACAGCUUCGUGUAAGAUAAAUGAGACGUUCGGAGAGAUUCGAAUCGUCGCUAGGUCAUUCGAGCGUGUACAAAUCGUAUAAGUGGAAAUAUUUUCCGAGCUUAGAUAGAUUUUGCCAUCUGUAAAAUAUCACGCAUAAUGUACAGAUCGCCGCAUAUCGUUCCGUGAGUGCAUAGCGGCCGAACUGACUCGCCACUCCCGCCUUUGGAGAGCUGCUUUGAGCAGCUUGGGAAGACGAGCGCGUUUCUUAUUUAUUAGUCUUUAGCGAAAUUUUGUCAAUUUUGUAGUUGAAAUUGAUGGACGUGUCCGUCCAUUCACGAAUCAGCAAAGUUUUGAGAAUAAUGCAAUCGUGAUUGCAUUAGAAUAGUAAAAAAGAAGGAAAAGAAAGAAAUUCGGCAAAAUUCGGUGAAAUUCACAUCUCAAAACGAAACUGCAUUCAUGUGGUGCUAUUGAAUUACGUCUCUGCCAAAGCACCAUUAUAAGAACAUACAUUAUAUUGAUGUAUACCACUAGUGUAGUAUUUAUAUGUAUACUUCGAUCUAUAUGUACAAUUUCCAGUCAUCCUGUAAAUGUAACUUUAUUGUAUUUUGAUAAAACACUCGAGGAAUCUGUACAUAUCUCAUAAGCAUCAGAACCAAUUUUGUAACAUUUUACUGGACGAAGUUUUAUGUCUUUUCAACAAUCCAGAAGGAAAUUUCAAGGGAGAAAUCUUUUCUUAGUCUUAUAUAAAUUAUAAUGCAGCAAAUAGGAAAGACGUAAUACGUAGAAAAUUAUAUUGUCGUCAAAUCAGGUAUCAAUGUGAAAUAGGCAUCUCGCAAUCUCUGGUUUGUUGUAAUUUGGUUAAGAAGUCAAAUGACAAUAUAGAAAUAUAAAUGAAAAACCUCGCGAUAUUUAAUCUAAAAUUCCAAAUGAUGAAAAAAACACGGUGCAUUCACAAUUGUCUCGAGAUUUCUGAUGGUCGUAACUGUAAAUAGUGACAUUAACAACGCUAUAAGCGCACAUAUUCAAACAUAAGAUUUCCCUCUGUAAGUAAUGUAAUACACUAAAAUUUUCACGUUUUUACUUUUAUAA